AUGGAAGACGCUAGCUUCCAACCGUUCGAAGGGCAUUCCGGCGACAUCACUACUCUCGCUUACUCCCCUGACGGCGCAUUCCUCGCUACUGGCUCACUCGACAAGACCUUGCGGAUAUGGAACGCAGGCAUAGGCCGUCAAAUCGGCGAGGCAUUUGAAGGACACAUAGAAGGGAUCAGUUCCAUCGCUUACUCUCCCAACGGGCAGCACCUGGUCAGCACAUCUCACGACAGAACGCUACGAGUGUGGGACGCGCACACGGGUCGAAUGGUUAUGGGACCGCUUUUGGGCAACACGCGCGGGGGGUUCUUGGCUGUGCAGUGGUCCUCGGACGGUACGCUCAUUGCGAGCGGGGACGGCGAUGCUUAUCUGUGUUUAUGGAGCGCCCAUACGGGCGAUCAGAUAGCGACAAUCAUACACCCGAUGCGCGUCAACGGUGUCGCAUUUUCUCCCGACAGCAAACAAGUCGCGACUGCUUGUCACGAUCGCCUCGUCCGUGUCUAUGACGUCGACCAGCGCGAGCUUGUUCACGAGUUCAAUCUACACAGAGCCGCUGUUCGAUCAGUGCAGUAUUCACCUGAUGGUUCUUGCCUCGCCAGCGCCUCGAAUGACCUCACUGUACGCGUUUGGAACCCUCACACCGGUGAUUGUCUCUGGGAAUUCCAACGGCACGAACAUCAUGUCACUGGCCUGUCGUUCUCGCCCGAUAGCCGGUUGCUGGUCACCUCCUCAAAAGACGACUGUGUCCAAGUAUGGGACCUGAUGUCUGGGGAUUGCAUCUUAAGGCGUCUGUAUGCACACAAUGGGACGGCAGCAGCAGUCGCCUACUGUCCAGAUGGAACGCACUUUGCUUCCUGCGGCGGUGGUAGCGUGCGUAUUUGGACAAUGCCCAAGGGAGAACAGGAGGACAUGGCCUUGAAGCCCCUCUCUGGGCACUGGGGACCCGUGUACUCCGUCGAGUUCACCCCCGAUGGUGAGCGCCUGGCGAGUGGAGGGUACGAUAAAAACAUCCGCAUAUGGGAUAUGAAUGAUGGUGCUUCCCUGCAUACCUUUCAGCUUCAUAACCGUCGGGUCCGGGACCUCAGCAUUUCCGCUGACGGGUCCUACCUGGCAAGCGGGUCUGACGACGGCACUGUCUGCAUCUGGGACCUCAAAUCUAACAAACAACUAGGCGAAUCUCUGGAUUAUGGGAGCCGGGUGUCGUCGGUCUGCUUUUCGCCUGACGGCUCGCAUUUACUUAGUGGAUCAUGGGACGGAAUGCUCCGCGUUUGUGACGCUAGCACGGGAGGGGUUCUCCUAACUCUACGACACGAUAGCUUGGUUUUAACGGCAGCAUUUUCACCGGAUGGGAACCAGAUCCUCAGCGGAUCCAGUGGUGGAACUCUCUGCUUGUGGGAUGCGAGCUCCGGGAUGUUACUGCGCCCUAAGGUUUGUCUAUGA